GUCAUUUCAAAUAUUAUAGUUUCUCUUCUCUAUAACAUUUUCAAUUUUUUUUGUAAUAGAAAUAUUCAAGUUUAAAAUUUUUGGUUUUUUUUUUGUUAUUUUUAAUUUUUUUGGUUUUAUAAUUUUAUGCAAAAAUAAUUUUGUAUAACUUUUUGUGCACUUAAUUUUGAUAUUUGAAUAAAAAUUAAUGGAGAAUUGAAAAAAAAUAAAUAAUGCUAUAGGUUUUUAAAUCAAAAAUUAUAAAUUAAAAAAAUUGUGUAAGUGGAAGUAGCAAACAGAAAAAAAGCAAAAUAGAAAAAAAAAUAGUGAAACGAAAGUGAAUUGAAAAGUGAGAGAAAUAUAUUUGUGUUUGGGCGAAUUAAUUUUUUUUUGGAAAAAUUCUCUAAUUUAUUAAAAACAAAUUAAGUUUUUAUAAAUAAUCUACAAUUAUAAAGCAUAAUAAAAGAAGAUACAUACUUGUGUAUAUAAAAGUAUAUAAAGUAUGAAUUUAUAAGUAUGUGAAUGGCAUUUUAUUAAUUGAACAUUAAUAAAUAAAAAGGGAAGAAAAAAAAUAAGAAAACCGAAAAUUUGGCGGAAUCAGUCAGUUUGUAUACUGUGAGCAGGAUUAUUCAAUUGGUAAAGGAUUAAUAUUGUAAAGGAGGUUGAAAGUAAUAUUCUAUUUUUUGAAAGAGUUUUUUGUGCUUAAUAAUUGGAAAUAAGCAUAUAAAAAUCUCUUAAUAUGGAAGAAUAUUGUGGAUCUACUUUUUGGGAUUAUGAUAAAGUGUGGAAUUCUGAUAAUCCCGAUUUUACACCUUGUUUUGAACAGACAGUUUUAUUGUGGGGACCUUGCAUAUUCCUCUACGUGUUUGCUUUACUGGAUUUCUUUUAUAUUAGAAGCAGCUUAGAUAAAGAUAUUCCAUGGAAUAUUCUGAAUACUUCAAAAAUAGUAAUCAAUGCGAUUUUAAUAUUAAUUAGCGCUAUAGACUUUAUAUAUGCACUUGCAAAUAAAGAAAAAUACCCAGUUCAUCCAGUUGAUAUCUAUAGUCCUUUAAUAAAAAUCGCAGCCUUUAUAUUAGCUGGGGUACUAUGUGUCCUGAACAAGAAACAUGGAGUUCGUACGUCUGGACUGCUAUUUUUAUUUUGGUUUUUGUUGACAGUUUUUAGUAUUCCCAGAUGUAGGACGGAGGUAUUUGCGAAACAAUUGAGGGAUAAAGAAAGUAGUUAUCCAGCAGCAAACGAAUAUGAUGACUACAAAUAUGUAACAUUCAUGAUAUUCUUUGCGUGCUCCAUAGCCAUGCUAAUACUUAAUUGCUUUGGCGAUCAAAAACCAAACCAAACGAAAUACCCAAAAUCUGAGAAAGAGUGCCCAGAACUUGCUGCUAGUUUCCUUUCAAAAGUAACUUAUCAAUGGUUUGAUAGAAUGGCUUGGCAUGGCUUUCGUAAGCCUCUUGAGUUAGAAGAUUUAUGGGAUCUUCGACCGGUUGAUUCAUCUAAAGAAGUUAUGCCAGUUUUUGCCAAACACUGGAACAAAUCAGUUCAGAAAAAGUUAGAAAGAAAUCAAGCAAUAGAAAAUGGAUUCACAAUGCCCUCCUCUGAAACUAAGGCAACAUUUAAUAAAAAUUCUGCAAGUGUUACUUUCCAGAAUCCCAAUGUCGGUUCUACAAAACAACAAGCAUCAAUUAUGCCGCCAAUUAUAAAAUCUUUUGGGGGAAUUUUUCUUUUCGGAUCUGCUCUAAAGUUGAUUAAUGACAUUUUGACUUUUGUGUCACCACAGCUUCUUCGUUUAAUUAUUAAUUUCGUGGAUAAUGAUGGUAAAGAGCCAGAACCACAAUGGAAAGGAGCAUUAUAUGCUGUAUCGCUAUUUGUUGUCGCUUCGUUUCAAACUCUUGUAUUAGGUCAAUACUUUCAUAGAAUGUUUAUUGUGGGUUUGAGAAUUCGUACAGCUCUCAUAAAUGCAAUAUAUAGAAAAGCUUUAGUCAUAUCAAAUAGUGCAAAAAAAGAGUCAACAGUUGGAGAAAUUGUUAAUUUAAUGGCUGUGGAUGCACAACGCUUUAUGGAUUUGACGACGUACUUAAAUAUGAUUUGGUCCGCACCAUUACAAAUUGGUGCUGCUUUGUACUUUUUAUAUGAUAUUUUGGGUCCAUCUGUUUUUGCUGGUCUCGCCGUUAUGAUAAUUUUAAUUCCAAUUAAUGGCGUAAUUGCUAAUAAAAUUAAAGAUUUACAAAUUAGGCAAAUGAAAAACAAGGAUGAUAGAGUUAAGUUAAUGAAUGAAGUAUUGAGUGGCAUUAAGGUACUUAAAUUGUAUGCUUGGGAACCUAGCUUCGAAGAACAGGUACUGGAAAUUCGUAAUAAAGAGAUAGACGUUUUGAAAAAGACUGCAUACUUAAAUGCUGGUACAUCAUUCUUGUGGUCGUGUGCACCUUUCUUGGUUUCUUUGGUUACAUUUGCGGUGUAUGUUUUAGUUGAUGAAAAUCAUGUUUUAAAUGCAACAACGGCUUUUGUUUCAUUAUCUCUUUUUAAUAUUCUUCGUUUUCCUUUAUCUAUGCUACCGAUGUUAAUAUCAAACAUGGUUCAAACACAAGUCUCUGUAACUCGUAUUAAUAAAUUCAUGAAUAGCGAAGAGUUGGAUCCAAAUAAUGUAUCACAUGACAAUUCUGAACCGAACCCUUUAAUAAUUGAAAGCGGAAACUUCUCUUGGGGAGAUGAAGAUUUAAUCUUGAGGGAUAUUAAUAUGAAAGUCGCAAAACAUCAGCUAGUUGCUGUUGUUGGUACUGUCGGUUCUGGAAAAAGUUCUCUGAUAAAUGCUUUCCUUGGUGAAAUGGACAAAAAAUUGGGGCGUGUAAAUACAGUUGGAAAAGUGGCGUAUGUUCCACAACAGGCGUGGAUUCAAAAUGCGACAGUACGUGAAAAUAUUCUUUUUGGAAAACCUUUCGAUAGAAAAAAAUAUGAACGUGUAAUUGAAGCUUGUGCCUUAAAAGCUGAUAUUGAAAUGUUAUCAGCUGGUGAUAGUACCGAAAUUGGUGAGAAAGGUAUUAAUUUGUCUGGAGGUCAAAAACAAAGAGUAUCAUUGGCCCGAGCAGUUUAUAGCGACUCAGAUAUAUAUUUAUUGGAUGAUCCAUUAAGCGCUGUAGAUUCCCAUGUUGGUAAACAUAUUUUCGAAGAAGUAAUAGGACCAAAAGGAUUAUUAUCAAAAAAAACAACAGUUUUAGUAACUCACGGUUUGACUUUUUUACCAAUAGUUGAUAACAUAUUUGUGUUAAAAGAUGGUCAAAUCAGUGAAAGUGGUACUUACCAAGAACUUCUAAAUAAAAAAGGUGCUUUUUCAGAAUUUUUAAUACAACAUUUGCAAGAAGCAAACGUUGAAGAUGAUUUAGAAGAAAUCCAACAGCAAUUAGAGGGCUCAAUUCAAAGUAAAGAAUUAUUGCAACAGUUAAAUCGUGCUAUAAGUAGGCAACGAAGUGAAAGUCAAUCAUCAGAUACGGUAUCUCUUAAUUCUGAUGAAGGAGGAUCUGGUGAUCAUAAAGGUUUACGUAAACGAAAAUCUAUAGAUAGGCAAAAUUCUAAAACCUCCGAUUCAUCAAGUGCAUUGGAAAAACCAGAAAAAAAACUUUCUAAGGAAGACGACGGCAAACUGAUAGAAAAAGAGACAUCUCAAACUGGAAGUGUAAAAUUCGCAGUUUAUAAACAUUAUUUAAAGAGUAUCGGUUUGAGAAUUACAAUAGCAACAAUAUUAUUAAAUGCAACAUUCCAAGGCUUCGCGAUCGGCUCUAAUUUAUGGCUAAGUACGUGGUCGAGUGAUAAAGAAGCUGCUAAGCCAGAAGUACGUGACAUGUAUUUGGGUGUAUAUGGUGCCUUUGGUGUGGGACAAGCGAUUUUUAUAUUUUUCGCUGUGUUAUCCUUGUACAUUGGAGCAUUUUAUGCUGCACGAAAAUUACAUAAUUCAAUGUUAAGACGUGUUAUGCGGGCACCGACAACAACAUUUUUUGAUAUAACACCACUUGGAAGAAUAAUUAAUCGUUUUAAUAAAGAUAUUGAUGAAAUCGACAACGAAUUACCAGCCACAUUACAUGCAAUGUAUUCAUGUUUGUUUUCGGUUUUAUCUACAUUAGUAGUAAUUAGCAUUUCAACUCCGAUAUUCAUUGCUGUGAUUAUUCCAAUUGCUGCCUUAUAUUAUUUUGCUCAACGUUUUUAUGUUGCAACUUCACGUCAAUUAAUGCGUUUGGAAUCAGUUUCUAGAUCACCGAUUUAUUCGCAUUUUGGUGAAACGAUAACUGGCACACAAACAAUUCGGGCAUAUAGCGUUCAACAAAGAUUUAUUGAUGAAUCUGAUGAACGUGUUGAUAAGAAUCAGGUUUGUAAAUAUCCAAGUGUAAUUGCAAAUCGAUGGUUAGCGAUUCGUUUGGAAAUGGUUGGUAAUUUAAUUAUAUUGUUUGCUUCAUUAUUUGCUGUUUUGGGUGGACAAACAAAUGCUGGGUUAGUUGGUUUAAGUGUAACAUAUUCACUACAAGUAACACAAACACUUAAUUGGUUAGUACGUAUGACAUCAGAUAUCGAAACUAAUAUUGUUGCUGUUGAACGUAUUAAAGAAUAUUCGGAAACAAAACAAGAAGCACCAUGGAAUUUACCAAGUGAAAAUAUAUCUAAAGAAUGGCCAGUUAAAGGAAAAGUUGAUUUUGUUGAUUUUGAAGUUCGAUAUCGUGAAGGUUUAGAUUUAGUUUUGAAAGGAAUUACGUUUACUGUUCAAGGUGGUGAAAAAGUUGGUAUUGUUGGUAGAACAGGAGCUGGAAAAUCUAGUUUGACUUUAGCCUUAUUUAGAAUUAUUGAAUCAGCUGGUGGAAAAAUUUUAAUUGAUGAUGUUGAUAUUUCGACUUUGGGAUUACAUUCAUUGCGUUCAAGAUUAACAAUAAUACCACAAGAUCCUGUCCUUUUUUCUGGGUCUUUACGUAUUAAUUUGGAUCCAUUUAAUAAAAAUUCUGACGACGAAUUAUGGAAAGCUUUAGAAUUAGCACAUUUAAAAUCUUUUGUAAAGGGUUUAUCUGCCGGUCUAAUGCAUGAAAUAUCCGAAGGUGGUGAAAAUUUAUCAAUAGGUCAAAGACAGUUGGUUUGCUUAGCUCGCGCUGUUUUGAGAAAAACUAAAGUUUUGAUAUUAGAUGAAGCCACUGCCGCUGUUGAUCUAGAAACAGAUGACUUAAUUCAAAAAACUAUUCGGUCUGAGUUCAAAGAUUGUACUGUUUUAACUAUUGCCCAUCGUUUGAAUACUAUUUUAGAUUCCGAUAAGGUAAUAGUAUUAGAUAAAGGAAAGGUUGUAGAAUUUGCAAGUCCUGGAGAACUUUUACAAAAUAAAAAAACAAUUUUUUAUGGAAUGGCAAAAGAUGCGAAUUUGGUGUAAUUAUCACUAUUUUACCAGUCACUGUUGUGUUAAUAAUUUGAGCAUAUAUAAGUUUUUCAUUAGGAGUUUUUAGUUUUUAAAUUUUUUCAUGAAUUUUUUUUUCUCAUUUCGAAUUUAAAGCCAGUUUUUUUACAAAAAAAAAAUUGUUUAUUAUCUCAAUUAAAUUAUUUACCUUGUUUUGUUGUAUUUUGAAAUCGUUGUCAUAUUUUUCUAUACUUCGAGUUUAGAAAUUAGAAUCUUUUUAAUUUUCACUUAUUUUAAAUUAACUUGAUUAAAGAAUUUAAGUUUUCUGUUUAAAAUAACGAAAGAUUUUAUCUAUUUAAAAUCACUUUUUGUUUUGAUGAAUUUUUUAAUAGAACGCAUUUAAAAUUUUAGAUAUUUCACAAUGUAGUUUUUUUUUUUGAAUGCCAAUAAUACAAUAAAAUACAAUUUUUUGACCAUAAUUUAAAAAAGUAUGGCCGCGAUUUCGGAUUCAACUUUCUUUCUUUUUGUUCUUUUUCGUUAAACAAUAUUUUUUUUACUGUUCAAUUUAAUUUCGAUGGCUUAUAGGUAGACACUUUAUUUAUGAAGUUAAAAUAAUAAUUGUUUUUCUUAGUCAAUUUAGUUUAUUUUGUUUUGUUUUUAAAUCAGUAUUUGUACUUAAGAUUUUUUUUAUCACAAUUGCAAAUUGUUCACAUCUGAAAAUGUUUACUUAAAAUUCACAAAAAGAUUAUUUUAGAUUUUAAGUUAAUUUUAUAGUACUUAUAUUAAUCAAAAUGUAUUUAAAUACUUACAUUAAUAUUAAUUAUAAGCUUGAGUAAUAGGUUAAUAAGACUAUUAAUAUGUUUGGCAUAGUUAUGCAAAUAGUUUUUUAUUACUGUACAGUUUUGAUCCCUCUACAUUAUAGUAUAAACCAUAAAAAAAAAUUAUAUAUUAUAAAAUUAAUAUAUUAUGUAUGAAUAAUAAAACCGUUUAGGACCACACAGUUUUUGUUACUUUCAAUCGAAAAUACAUUGAUAAUAAUAUAUCAUAAUAUCAUGAGAUCAAUAAUAUAUUUCUUGAAUAAAUAAUUAUAAACUUUAAAGAUUAAUUUUGUUAAUUGACUUUUCAAUAUUGUAGUUGCAAUAUACUCUGAUUUACUCUUAGAUUUAAUUACAAUGUUACUAUUAAAUAAAAGAAGUAUUUGUAUGAAUAUGCUAAACCUAUGAAUAGUUAAUUAAAAAAAAAAUGAAUAGUUUUUAGUUAAUGUAAAUCUUUUAUAUAUUAUUAGCACUGUCAUAGUUAAAACAUUUUUGAUUUUCCCCUGAAUUAAUUGUUGCCCAAGUUAAAUAAAAAAGUUAUGUGACCAAAAAUUUUUAUUUAUUAAAAAUUCUUAACUCUUUAAUUGCGUAAAUUAUUAGCUAUGAGAUAAAAAAUAUAAUUACUUAUAUAUGUACAUAAAUGUAUAUUGAAUGUUUCAUUUUAUUUCGAAGUUAAAUUCAUUUUUCUAUAAUAAAAUACUUAAUUUUGCGUUUUAAUAAUUUUUGUUAAUUUAUAAAUUAUUAAAAUUAGUUAAAAUAUUCUUAUAAUAAAUUAAGAUUAGUAAAAUUUAAUUAUAUAUGUAUGUAUAUCUAAAUUAAUAAGUUUUAGAUACGAUCAAUUUUUUUUGUACUAGUGUUAACAUGAUUUUAAUAUUUUCUAAUUUUUAAUUAACAAAAAAAAUUUGAAUAAUUUUUAUUUUAAAAAAAAUAUUCUUGUUUAAUGUAAUAAAACUAUAGCCAUUAGUUACUGCCCGACUUAGCCUUUUUUCUUAAAAUUAUAUGUAAUUAUUUUGUUUAUAGAACCUAUCGCAGAUAGUUUUUUUCAUAAUCAAAAAUAAAACAAAUAUUUUGUUCAUACUCUACUUUUUGUUAUAUUUUAGAGUACUUAAAUUUAAAAAUUUUGUUAAUUAUUUUUUAUUGUAGAAAUAUUUGC